AUGUCUACCCCCUACCCCUGGACCUUUCAGACCAACCAGCUCGCAUCGGGCAUCAACACGGGCACAACCCAAGACCUCUCGAUCACAAUCCCGCAAGUCCGGGGCUCGAUUCCCUCCUUCCAGGCGUCCCGACUGCGAUCCAUGAUGCAAGAGGCGCAUGCGGACCCGAGCAAGAUCGUAGCUCACGUCUGUAGCUACGACGCCCUGAGCUCACGACUCUGUCAGGAAGCUGGCUUCCCGAUCGUCUUCCUCGCUGGGUACGCAAUGUCGUCGGCCUUCGGGCUGCCCGAUGCAGGAUACAUUGCGUUCCAGGAGGUCGCGGGGAAGAUCCAGGAGGUGGUUCGGGAGACGUCGGUUCCUGUCCUGGUGGAUGGGGACACGGGGUAUGGAGGUCCGAUGAAUGUGAGGAGGACGGUUCAAGGGUUCGCCUUAGCCGGCGCAGCGGGGGUCAUGAUCGAGGACCAAACCUGGCCGAAGCGCUGCGGACACACCAAGGGUAAAGCCGUCGUCUCCCGCGACGAGGCCUACGCGCGGUGGCAAGCCGCCGUGGACGCGCGCAACGAAGGAACCGACAUCUGGAUCCUCGCGCGCACCGACAGCUACAUGCACGGGUACGAGGAGGCGUUGACGCGCGCGCGUAAGGCGAUCGAAAUCGGCGUGGACGCGGUCUUCGUCGAGGCGCUCCCCGACCGGGCCGCGAUGGCGCAGAUGCGCUCCGACCUGGACUUCACUAUGCUAGCGAAUAUCAUCGAGGGCGGGAAGACGGAGAAUCUGUCGGCGAAGGAACUGGGCGAGCUGGGAUUCGCGGCCGUGGCGUACCCGUGGACGUUGGUGGCCGCGAAGCUGAAGGGUAUUCGGGAGGCGUUGGAGGGCGUCAAGGGGUCUUUGUUGACUGGGGGGCCGCCAACAAUUCUGUCGUAUGGGGAGGUCUGUGAGGGGGUGGGGUUUAAUAAGUAUUAUGAGUUGGAGGAGAGGUAUCAGUAUGAAGGGUCAGUGACGGGGACGAAGGGGUAUCAGUUUGAGUAA